AUGCAAAUUCAACUUAUAAUCGUUUUAUUAUUUUUAUCCACAACCGUAACAUUAUCGAAAAAAGUUGAUGAACAACAGUGUGAAGUUUGUGUGAAAACCAUUACAGUAUUUGCAAAUACUUUGAGUGAAAAUGACAAGUCAAAACCUGAAAAUAUCGAAAAAGCGUUCAAAAAUUAUUGUAGCAAAGUAAAAGUCGAUUCUAAAGAACAUCGAUUGUGUUAUUAUAUCGGAGGUUUGGAAACGUCCGCUACCUAUGCGAUACCCGAUGUUUCUAAACCACUCAGUUGGGGUAUUCCUAUUGAAAAAAUAUGUCGUGAACGUUUAUUCAAAAGUAAUCCACAGAUAUGUGAUUUAAAAUACGAACGUGAAAUUGAUUGGAAUGCUAUUGAUUUGAAUAAACUUAAAGUAAGAAAGUUGAAAGAAAUUUUAAGUGAUUGGGGUGAACCAUCCGAUUUCAUUGAGAAAUCAGAAUUUAUUAAAAAAAUUAAUGAAGUUAAAUCAAAAUAUAUUGGAAAACAAUCAAAUAAUAAAGAUCUAUGA